GGGAGUCCUCAACUUCUCCCCUUCAUUUCGAUAGUUCUCAGAAAACGACACUUCUUGAAUUAAAAAAAUGUUUCUUACCUCUUCUUCCCCUUUAUCUUCGCUCCAGAGUGUCUUCUUCUUAGCUCAACCGUUCAAUCCAUUUUUUUUUCCUUUCCAGUAGAGUGAGUUUGAGAAAAAUGGUCUACUCAGAAAUCUAGCAAUUCAGUUCUUCGGUCAUUUUGUUUUCUUAAUUUCUAGCGACGGCCAUGGAUUGUUUGACCUCAGAAGAGAUCUCUGUGUCGGCGUUUGAGCUUCUUUUCAAAGCAGUUUCACUGAUACCCAUUUCGAAUUAUGUCUUUGGGUGCAUUCUGUUAUUGCUUAUUUUUCUCUAUAAUUUCUUGGAGUUUCAUCUGAUUGCUGAUAUUAUGAAAGGAUACAGAGGAGAUCCUGUGUCUUUGACAUUCAAUCCAUGCUCGGAGAUCUACGAAGGGGUUGUUUCCAAGUGCAAGACUCUUCAUGGAAGGUAUUUGGCUACUCCAUGGCUUUCAAGUCCUCAUUUUCAGACUGUCUUUCUAAACUUUCAUGGCAAGCCUCCGGUUUUCAGCUACCGAAGGCAAAUUUUCCAUACAGCUGAUGGUGGAACUAUUGCUUUGGACUGGCUGCCGUAUUCUGAUGUUUCAACAGAAGCUUUCCAUAAGAAUAAUUCCAUCUCUAAAGACGAUGCGACCCCUAUUGUGGUGGUGAUCCCUGGCUUAACAAGCGAUUCUUCAUCUCCUUAUUUAAAGCAUCUUGCUUUCAAUAUGGCAAAACGUGGACGGAAUGUUGUUGUUGGCAACCAUCGUGGACUUGGUGGCAUUUCAGUUACUUCUGAUUGCUUCUAUAAUGCGGGCUGGACAGAGGAUGUACGCAAAAUCAUUGACCAUCUUCAUGGAGAAUAUCCACAAGCUCCUCUAUUUGUUGUUGGAACGAGUAUUGGUGCCAAUAUUUUGGUAAAAUAUCUCGGAGAAGAUGGUGCUAAUAUUCCCAUUGCAGGGGCCGUGGCCAUUUGCUCUCCUUGGGAUCUCUUGAUUUGUGACAGGUUCAUUUGCCGCAGGCUUGUGCAAAGAUUAUAUGACAGAGCUCUUACCAUAGGACUUCAAGGUUAUGCCCAAUUACAUCAGCCUGUCUAUUCUCGGCUUGGCAACUGGGAAGGCAUAGAAAAGGCACGCUCUAUUCGGGACUUUGACAGCCAUGCCACAUGCCUUGUCGCCAAAUAUGAGACGGUGGAUACAUAUUACAGGCGUUGUAGCAGUACUAGUUAUGUGGGAAAUGUCUCUGUACCACUCCUCUGCAUCAGUGCAUUAGAUGAUCCACUUUGUACGAGGGAAGCUAUUCCAUGGGAUGAAUGCAGGGCAAACAAAAAUAUUGUCUUGGCUACCACGGAACAUGGAGGACACCUAGCUUUUUUCGAGGGACUAAAUGGAGAUAGCCUUUGGUGGGUAAGGGCUGUUGAUGAAUUCCUCAGUGUCCUACACGCUAGCCCGUUUAUGCAUAGACAAAACAAGACACACAAUUCUUCCCUGCACUCUGCUUUGGAAUCUUCAAUUGAUCAGGGCCCAUACUUGAAUGUUAUGGAAGAUGGUAUGGUGGCUGCAGUGGGUAAUGAGCAACCAGCUAAAAUGACAGGAUACUUUUCUGUUGAGCAGCAGAUGAUUCAUGAAAAGAAGAAUGAGGUUCCUGAUAUAGAGGAAAUUCAACAUGACGAAACAAAAGCCAAGACAGAUUCCAUGCAGGGCACAUCCCAACCCUCUGGACGAGAGACAGAGAGCAACCUGGUUGUCAAGUAUCCUCAUGAUAUAACUGCUCCUAUAAGGAGAUGCAUAGAUCAGCUUUCCCGACAGAAUAGGAAAUCUAUAUGGCUGCUUGCAUAUAUUGCAAUCAUAACCACUUGGCCAUUGGUGGGUUCUGCUCUUCUCAUUGUCUUCAAGAGGAAGCUAAAAAGUGUCUUACCCGCAGCAUGGCUCAAAAGAUAGAAACAGUUGUUGGUGGUAAUCUUUAGCACCAUUUUGUGCUCCUGUACUUUAUAAUGAGAAUUGUCAACAUAAUAUGACAAACAUUUAUAUUGAUAUCAUGGUCUUGUGAUAUCCCUUGAUAUAACAAUCUUUAAUUACCCAA